AUGGACAAAGUCUUCCGUGAUUUCGUAAGAUUCAGAGAGACCGCAAGGGGGCUUUUGCAGAUACUUUCCUGUUUAAAAAUAACUGGCGGGGAUAAUUUACAAAAGAUCCACCGGAGAUAUCAAUAGGAGACCUGGUUGUGAAUUCCAGCAAGGGAUGAUAGAAAUGUUAUUACUGCUGGAAGCAAUCCGUUUCAUAAUACUCGACAGAUCUCAAAUGAAGUAG